CAAGAUUCAGCAGAGGGUUGCCCUGAUCCCGCACCUGUCGCCAGAUGUGGUGCCUGGAGAAGCUCUGCUUAGGUCCUGAGCGCCUCCGGCGGGGCGGGGACUGGCUUCUUCUGGGUUGGGCCCGCAGAGCAAGGGUCCACACCACCGCCGCGUGUGCAAACGUGCUCACGCCGGACCGCAUACCCGAGUUCUGCAUCCCACCGCGACUCGUACCCGGCCUGGCUUUGGCUGCGAUCCGGAAUUCCCGGGGUGAAGAGGUAGAGAUUGACCAAGGCGCUGGCCGCACCGACUGGGACCCGCGCUCGCAGGCGGCGCUGUCGCUGCUGCACUUGCCCCGAGCGCGCACCGCCUACGGCUUCUGCGCGCUGCUCGAGACCCCGCACACCCGCCGCAAGGAGUCGCUCUUCCUCGGGGACCCGGGCGCCACCGCGCUCCUCCAGCCCCCGACGACCCGGCCCGCGCUCCGCCCCCGGGCCCACACCUACAGUGGCGGUGGUCGAGACUCUUCCCUCUUAACCCUGAGACCAGACCCUGAGGUCACCUCCGCAGUCCUCGGCGGCACCAACCCCCGGAUGGACUCACUCUCCCCGCCGCCCCGCGGCCGCCGCCUCCUGCGCGCCCCCGACGGGCUGCUGAGCCGCGCGCUGUGGGCCGGAAGGAAUCACGGUCUGGUCCGCGCCCGCUCGGUCUCCGGCUGGGACGAGGACGCGGAGCGCGGCGCCUGCUCGAGGUCCCUCGCCCGAGCGCCCUCCGAGCGCCCGCCGUCACCGCUCGGCCCCCGCCCUGAGCGCCUGGAAGCCGAAGGCACCGUGGCUCUGGGCCGCACCGGGGACGCCCUGCGCCUGGCCGCCGAGUACUGUCCGGCCGGCGGGCGCCUCCGCAUCCGGCUACUCCGCGCGGAGGGCCCGGCCGGGGGCGCCCCCGAUCCCCGGGCCGUCGGCUGCCGCGUCAGCCUGGUCCUGCAGCCGCCCCGCAGCGCGCGCAGGCAGCGCGGCUCGGUGCUCCGGCGGAGCCGCAAGGCCGCCCUGGACCAGGACUUCUGCUUCGACGGGCUCACGGAGGAGCAGGUGCGCCGCCUGGCCGUGCGCGUCAAGGCCGAGGGCAAGGGCCGGGGCCUGGAGCGCGGCCGCCUGCUGGGCCAGGGCGAGCUGCCGCUGGGCUCCCUCCUGCUGCUCUGAGGGCUUCGGGCCUCCCUAGGGGCGCCUCCCGCCUGCUGGGGGUCUCCCCGCUGGGUGCCGCUUUGUAUA